ACCUUGAAAUUAAAUAAUAAAGAAGUGAAAUUCUUCACUACGACAAAUAUUUCGAAGCGAUGAAUAAUCUACAAGAAAACCAGUAUCUAGUGGCUAGGCCCAUAUAUUCGGAAAACUCAUUUUCUUCAAAACAUGAAAAAAUAAACAGGUAUCACAAAACAUUUUUGGAUCACCUCAAGGGGUUCUUUGGGUGUUCUGCUGCAAAGGCCAAGCGAAUAGCCUUUACUUUCCUACCUAUAGCUUCAUGGCUUCCUAUGUAUAAUUUCAAGGAAUGGUUACUCAGUGACAUUAUUUCUGGUAUCAGCACUGGGACUGUGGCAAUAUUGCAAGCCUUGGCGUUUGCUCUACUUGUGAAUGUGUCUCCUGCGUAUGGACUUUAUUCUGCAUUUUAUCCUGUCAUCAUUUAUUUUUUUUUGGGAACUUCCAAGCAUAUAUCAGUAGGUCCUUUUCCUGUUUUGAGUUUGAUGGUAGGGACAGUCGUACUGCGAUUAGUUCCAGAUAUUAGCAAUGGAAUGGUAAAUGGAACUGACACAGUGCUCUUCAAUAUGACAAAUGAAACAGAAGGCCUAUCAAUUGCUGAGAAAAGGGUUAUUGUUGCAGGAACUGUGACGGUCCUUGCAGGGAUUUUUCAGCUGGCUUUGGGGUUACUACAAAUUGGUUUCAUAGUAAUCUAUUUAUCGGAUCCCUUAAUAAGCGGAUUCACCACAGGUGCAGCUGUUCAGGUUUCUGUGUCUCAAAUAAAAUUCCUCCUCGGAAUUAAAGUAGCGAACUUCAGUGGACCUCUGGCCUUCUUUUAUACCUUAAAAGACAUCAUAUUAAAGAUUACAGGCACCAACAUUGCAGAUCUUGUCACAUCGAUUAUCAUUAUGGUUGUGGUUUUCAUUGUCAAAGAAGUGAACGAACGUUACAAAUCAAAAAUUCCUAUACCAAUCCCUAUCGAGCUUAUUAUGACAGUUCUCGCAACUGGGAUCUCAUAUGCAUUUGAUUUUCGUAAAAGAUUUAAUGUACAGGUUAUUGGAAUCCUAGAAAGAGGAUACCAGGCUCCAAUAACACCAGAUGUUUCAAUUUUUCAAGAGUGCAUUGCUGAUGGAUUUGCUAUUGGGAUUGUUGCUUUUGCUGUAGGAUUUUCUGUUGCUAGAGUAUAUUCAAUCAAACACGAUUACCCUAUAAAUGGAAGCCAGGAGUUAGUAGCAUUUGGAAUUGGCAAUAUAUUCUGUGGUUGCUUUAGAGGGUUUGCAGUUAGCACAUCUCUGUCAAGAUCAGCAGUUCAGGAAAGCACUGGCGGCAAAAGCCAGAUUGCUGGUGUUCUUUCAGCUCUAAUAGUUAUGAUUGUUACGUUGGCUAUUGGGUUCCUCCUGGAAACCUUACCAAAGUCCGUGCUUGGAGCGCUAGUCUUAAUUAAUUUAAAGGGGAUGCUGAUGCAGUGUGAACAAAUUCCCAUAUUGUGGAGAAAGGAUAGAUAUGACUGUUCUGUAUGGGUGGUAACUUUUAUAGCUGCUGUUGUGCUGGGACUUGACCUUGGAUUGGCUGCAGGUGUUGGAUACGAGCUGCUGACUGUUGUGUUCCGUACACAGUUCCCAAAAUGUACCUUGGUAGCUAGCAUUGGAAGAACCAACAUCUACAAAAACCGAAAGGACUACACAGAUAUUUAUGAGCCAGAAGGAGUGAAGAUUUUCAAAUGUCCUUCUCCAAUAUUUUUUGCUAAUGCUAAUUUCAUUAAGGACAAACUUACGGCAGCUGUCGGGUUUAAUCCACUGAGGGUGUUAAGGAAACGUAAUAAGGCCCUGCGAAAAAUAAAAACUAUGUUGAAAAAAGGAGACUUGCACGUAUCACCUAAAGGUUUGGUUUGCACAUCGUACGAUAAUUACAUAGAUAUGGAGGAGGAUGAUAUUGAAUUUGAUAAUAACAGAGUGGAAGAGCUGCACAAGCCUAUAAAAACCGAUGAUCUUCCUUUUAAAAUUGACUGGAAUUCAGAUCUUCCAAAUGGCAUAAUAGUUCCAAGUGUUGAUAUCCAUAGCUUAAUUCUUGAUUUUGGAGCUGUUUCAUUUAUUGAUAUCUCUGGAAUGAAAGCCCUCAAAGGGAUUAUAAAAGAAUUUUUGAAGAUUGAAAUUGAAGUGUACAUUGCUAAUAUUGACAGUGAUGUCUUGGAUAAACUGAAGAACUGUGAGUUUUUUGAUGAUGACAUUUCAACAUCAAUGUUUUUCAUCACUGUCCAUGAUGCUGUGCUUUUUGUGUUUGAAAAAAAAUGCAUGAAACAGCCUUAUGAAAUGAGCGCAUUAAAGCUGAGCGGAUAUAGCCCAUAUGUAAGUGGUUACACUAAUGGAGAUUUGCGUCACAGAGAACUUGCUAGCCCGACUGUGCUAGCAGGAGACUUAAACUUAGUGCAGGUCCUUGGAUACGAGAGCAUGAAACCUGCUGUUAUUGCAGCCUGGCUCUGGCAAGAAGAGGAUUGGUGCAUCAAAAAGAGGAAGGGCGCCUCCUAA